CACUGGAAGCCCAGCCACAGGAAGACCCGGGUGACACGGCUGGUGCUGCUGGGCAUCUGGCUGGCUGUGUUCGCCUUCGCCCUCCUGCCCGUGGCCGGCCUGGGGCGCUACACGCUGCAGUGGCCCGGCACCUGGUGCUUCAUCAGCCCUGGGGACAACGAGUUCACCGGCAGCAUCUUCUUCGCCUCCACCUUUGCGUUCCUGGGGCUCUCCUCCCUCUUUGUCACGGUGGCCUGUAACCUGGCGACCAUCAAGGCCCUGGUGUCUCGCUGCCGGACCAAGGCCACAGCCUCUCACUCCAGCAAGCAGUGGGGGCGGAUUGCCAUGGAGACGCUGAUCCAGCUCCUGGGCAUCAUGUGUGUCCUCUCCGCGUGCUGGUCACCGCUGCUGAUAACGAUGUUGAAAAUGAUCUUCAGCCACACAUCUUUUGAACACUGCAAAGGAUUCUCCAGUGCCACCCAAAGUUCAGAACUGCGGAAAGAAUGCAAUUUCUUCUUGACAGCUGUGCGCUUGGCCUCACUAAAUCAGAUACUGGAUCCAUGGGUUUAUCUGCUACUGCGAAAGAUCUUCCUCCAGAAGUUCUUUCAAGCAGCCAAUGCUGUCUCCAAGUGCUCUAACAACGAAUGGAAAGAGAGAUCGAUCACGUUGUCAGAGGAAAUCAGACGGACAACAGUGUGACGGAACAUUGAUCAAUCUAUUUGCCUGAAAACUACUUUUGCCAACAAGUAGUUUUAAAUCUUACUGUGAAUUGGGGUAUCUGUAGCAUGUUAGUGUCUGCAUAAAUAGCUGAAAAUGGUAUUAAUGAAUGGACUUAAGAGUGCCAAAUAAUUAUAUAUCCUAUGUGCCAAAAAUUCUCUCACAUAGACAAAGGAAUUGGUUCUGUUGCUAAAUUCUGUUGUCAUCGCAAUUCAUAACUGAGCUGCAGAACAUUACUUUUUGUGUGCCUAAAAUAUAUUUUGGAGGGAUUUUUCUUGCAUUAAGGGAGAAAAAAUGAUUUUCAUAUCAGGAGAGACUUGGAACAUAGAUUCAACAGUUAAAUUACUAAAGAGACCUAUUCCUGUCUAUAAGCUUAAUGCUAAGAGUAUCUACUUCAGAGUCUUUCUUCCUCCUUUCUAUUUUCUGGAGGUGUGGGAGGAGAAAGGGUCAAAAUUACAAAUAUUAGGAAACUUCCUCUGGAUUUCAGUGGCUUAAAACUGAAAAGGUUGCGUUGAAGCAAUGAUGGUAUUGUUCUCUUUCAAGAGGUGAAGGUAAAAUGAGUCUUACGACACACGGACUUGCCAUGAUAAAUAUUCUUUUUGUGUGAAUACUAAAGUAAACUCAUCUGCUGAGUAGGAUGUAGCAUUAGGAUAAAUAGCACAAAUGAGAAAUCUAUGAUUCUUUUUUUAAAAUAGCAGCCUGUGAAAUACUCAGGCAUAACAAGAACU